AUGACGCUUAGUAUAUUUACCUCCUAUGAGAACGCAAGAAAUAUCCGAGAGUGUUUUAAACUAAGAGCCAGUACCAUCCUGACUCAGGUGUUCGAAUCAGUGAAUCAGUUUCGUUCGAAUUCUUGCAUCGCCGAACUACAGCAGUACAUCUUGACUCAAGUGUUCGAAUCAGUGAAUCAGCUUCGUUCCGAAUUCUUGCAUCGCCGAACCUACAGCAGUACCAUCUUGACUCAGGUGUUCGAAUCAGUGAAUCAGCUUCGUUCCGAAUUCUUGCAUCGCCGACCUACAGCAGUGACUCAGGUGUUCGAAUCAAAUUUUGAUUUUGUAUAUAAGGCCACUACCGCAUGCAUAUUCAGGCAAGCACGCACCGACGGAAAGAGAGGGGCAUGCACAAUCACAAGCAAGAACGCACCACACCGAGAGCUUCUUCCUAGAUCUCUUCCUUCUCCUUCGCUCACUCGCACUGACGAAACAUUCUGGAAGGCGAGCUGGCAGCGUAUCCUAGGUCGCCUCCGUGCUCUCUCCUUGGGUCAUCUGGGUCAGCCUUGGUCCUGCGAGAGAAAGGGUCGCAGAGGCACUAUAAAGAUACGCCGGCGCCUCCUUGGGCACAGUGCCACCCCGGGCCUCCUUUCCUCUCUGCUCGACGCAACGCUGCCGCUCGCGAUGUCUGUGCUGCUGCUGGCCUUGGCUCUUCUGGGAGCCGUCCACGCCGACAAGAUGUUCAGCCCGCCCGCUCCUCCUCCUGCUCCAGGAUACUCGUACGGGCGCCCCGACCUCAGGGCCGACGCCUCCACUCUCGACCAGCAGGAACAGGACCCCAUCGCCGCCCUGGCAGCCAACAUCCCCGGCGGAGGCGUCCCUGGCGAGGACUACCCCAUCCUGGCCUCCGUCCCCGACACCGGAUUCUCCUGCGAGGAACAACAAUUCCCAGGCUACUACGCUGACACCGCCCCGGAGGCCGGCUGCCAAGUCUUCCACAUCUGCCAGUUCGACGGCCGCCAGGACGCCUUCCUGUGCCCCAACGGCACCCUCUUCAACCAGCAGUACUUCGUGUGCGACUGGUGGUUCAACGUGGACUGCGCCGCGUCCGAACAGUUCCGAAGUCUCAACGCCGACAUCGGCAAGAUCCCCGAAGACGCCGCUGCCUCCGUCCGCGACGACGUCGUGGCACCUGACCAGCUGUAUGGCACUCCCGAGGCGCGCCAGGCACCUCCUCCUACUCCUUCUCAGUCUUAUGGAAGUCCCAACAGGUUCUAAGUUAUGACGAGAAUAAGACGCAGGCACAUGUUUGUACAUAUUCCUCAUAAAGCUCAUUAUGCUUCAUGUGAUAAAUUUAUGCUCUGUAAAUAAAGCUACCAUCUGCAAAA